AUGGCCCCCGAUCUCCCUUCCAGCUACAACACCUUCACCCUCCCAACGCUCCUCUUCUCCCACCACCCAGCCUCCUCCUCGGCCGUCACGCCCGUCAUCAUCAUCAAGCUCCACCGUCCCGCCGCCCACAAUGGCUUCACCCAGGAAAUGGCCCGGUCCCUCAUCUCGGCCUUUAGCCUCGUCUCCUCGGACCCGCGCGUCCGCGCCAUCGUCCUGACCUCGUCAGACCCCAAGAACAAGCUCUUCUGCGCGGGCAUGGACUUCAACGCCGGCGGCGAGCAGAGCGCCAACGCAGACGUGCACCGCGACGAGGGCGGCCAGGUCAGCCUCGCCAUGUACAACUGCACCAAGCCCGUCGUCGUGGCGCUCAACGGCUCCGCGGUGGGCGUCGGCAUCACCAUGACGCUGGCGGCCAACAUCCGCGUCGCGAGCAGCGCCGCAAAGAUUGGUUUCGUCUUUGGCCGCCGGGGCUUCUGCUUCGAGGCCUGCAGCAGCUUCUUCCUGCCGCGGCUGAUUGGCACCUCCAAGGCGCUGCACCUGGCCACCACGGGCGGCGUCUAUCCCGCCGGGCACAAGCUGCUCGACGGCUUGUUCAGCGAGAUCGUCGACGCGGCCGAGGUGCUCCCCACGGCGCUGCGGAUCGCGGACGAGGUUGCGGCCAAUGUCAGCCUGGUGUCGGCGGCGGUGAUGAAGAACCAGGUGUACCGCGCGCCGGCGACGCCAGAGGAGGCGCAUCUCGUGGAGAGCAAGCUGUUUUACUCGCUUGUGAGGAGCGACGAUGCCAAGGAGGGGAUCCAGAGCUUUCUGCAGAAGAGGCAGCCCGAGUUCAAGGACACGAUAGAUGAGAAUGCGCCGCCGGGGUAUCCAUGGUGGGCGCCGGUUGAUGUUCGAUCAAGGUCGAAGCUGUGA